UCGCUCUAGUACUGCGGUCUUAUUUUCACCGAGACCGUAUACAGAGCUGUCCAGUCGGUCUCGGCGAAGGAAUGCGCAUACAAUGCUUUGCAAAGGGAAACCUUUCUUGGAGAAGGAGAAACAUUCGUAGUAGAACGAUGUCUCCACCAAGGGCAGCUCGUUGCUGUGAAGCAUUUGAAGCUGAACUCUUUAGCAACCAACACCCCAAAGUUCUUAUCCAGACUAAACGCAAUCCUGUUGGAGCUCCGGGUAAUGUGCUACGAGCAUUUGAGGGGACAUCCAAACAUCAUAUCAAUGCUUGCAUAUGGUUGGCGGCACGAACGACACGCCAUACUGCCAUAUAUCAUCGUCGACUACAGUCCGCAUGGCACGCUUCGUGAUUAUCUGACUAACGAAAAGUCGGUUAAGACGUAUCGAAAGAGGAGGCUGGUGAUGGAUGUGGGGAAGGGUCUUGAGGCCUUGCAUUCCUGUGGUGCAGUUCACGGAGAUUUGAAAUUGGAGAAUGUCCUUGUUUUCAAUCGAUCUGGAGAUCCGCAAGCCGGCCGUAUUGCCAAGAUAUGUGAUUUUGGACACUCACUUCUCUUAUCAAACUACGAGGAGGAAUUGAAAUAUCGCGGCACGGCUUUAUACAAUGCACCCGAAGUCCGAAACCAGCGACAGGCCCCCAUACCUCGGAACAUGUUACGAAAGUGCGACAUCUGGGCAUUCGGCUUGCUAGCCUGGGAGGUUCUUCUUGACGGAGAGAUAUACUCAAAUCGCAUACACAAUGACUAUGAGAUAUACGACAGGACCCAGCUCAGCGGCGAGAGUCAUGCAAAACAGGUUCUAAGUACCGCACUUGGCUCAGCCAGGGAGGUCCCGGAUGAGAUUCCAGCGUUGUAUUUCCGAGGUGUAUUUCUCAUGACAUUGCAAUCUAAACCUCAGGCUCGGACGGCUUUCCUUUCUUCCAACCGCCCGGCUGCUCGACCCCACCUUGAUAUGGGAAAGUCCGACUGGUCAUUCGAUAUGUUCCGGCCUGAACGACAGAAGUAAUACUCCUGGGAACACCAGAAACAGAUAACCCAGUCCUUCGAGAGGUACUACCAAAAGCAUGAGAGGAAUCCUACUCUUUCGGGAUCUGCAGCGUGGCAAAUCGGACUGUGCUACUUCUUGGGUUUCGGUGUCCCAAGCGACGAGAGCACUGCUCAGAAGUAUUUUCAGAUUGCAGAACAGUGCAAACAACCUGUCGCGAUUCUUUUCAGGCCCUUGAUCCAAGAUUCUGUCCACCAUGGCUCCCAGCAAAAAGUUUACACGGCUACCGU